CCGUAAGUGCUCCGGAGGAAGCCCGCGGGGGCAUCUGCAGUCAGGAAAGACAAAAUGGAGCCACGCAGGAUAAAGCAGCAUGGGGUAGGGGAAGAUGGCACGUUCUCCGCGCAGGGAGAGGAAGAACAGGUGCUUCUCCGAGGAAGACUGCCGCUACUCCCCGGGCCCUGGCAGCCUGCCCCGCCGCAGAGCCGCGUGCUUGCCGGCCUCCUGGCAGCGGAGCCUGCGGCGUAACCACCACAGUGAAGCAUUCUGUACCCUUGCAGCUGCUCUCCCGAAAACUGCAGGUCCUCCAGGAGGCAGAGAUAAACCUACAUGCAGACUUGUCUUCCAGGAGAGGAGAAAGUAUGUUUCCCCACGCGAAAUGAUGUUUAAGAUCCCCGCCCAAACCCCCAAUCCUGCUUUAAAGCAUCCACUGGGCGGCUAACGGGAUUGUUCUUAAGCUUGGCAUUUGCAAGGCGUAGAUUUUUCUGUGUUCUUUCCUCUGCCAAGUUUGCCUCCUCUGAGGCUCUCUGGGGGAGUAUUUGCAACUCUGCAGUUCAGUUUGAGGAAAGAAAAGAAAAGUCCCCAAAGCAAUCAUGUAGUCUUUAAAAUACUGUUAUGUAAAUCAAGCCAAAGCGUCUCUAAAUUCAUUAGGGUUACUUGCCCUGGAGGGCCCUAGCAAAACUGGCAGAGACAUUUUCACUAUCUAGACUGUGGUUGUUCACCUUUUCUUCCGUCUUGCUUACACUUUCCUUGGGAGGAGGCAGGAACUCCAGAGGGGCUUAUCCGAGUGACAGAAGGAGAGCCCCCACUAAAAAUGCGUGUUACACACCUUCUGGGAACCGCCCUCCUCUUUCACCUCCUCCCAACCCCAGCUGGAAUUCCCAAAUAUAGCCUAAACCAGUACCAGGCC